GACUUUAAAGUCCAACCAAGCCUUCAUAGUAACAAAACAAAUAUCAGAUCAUUCGCCAGAAAUAGUUAGGAAAAAGAAAGCCGACGAUAGUUCGACCCAACCACCGAUCAUUGCGAGCACGGACGGACGAACGACCGGGCACAGUCCACAGUCGUCUCCCGCGCUUAGCGGACGGAGGCUAGAGUCCAUCGUGAACAAGCUCUCGGCCGACAUCACUUGGCUUUGGCGGUAUCUCUAUACGAACCGGCUCCUGCUAAAUUACACCUAGGACUCAUUCUUUGUCUGUACGCACAAUGGGUCUUCUCUACAAUACGUAUUUGAGUAGCAACAAGAUCUACGGAUGCAAAAAUUGCAAGACUCAUUUAGCAAAUCAUGAGGAGAUUAUAAGCAGGAACUUCCGUGGCCAGCAUGGUAAAGCUUAUCUGUUCAAUACGGUCGUCAAUAUCGAAGCCGGCGAGCCCUCUGAGCGUAGCAUGACUACGGGGCGCCAUAUAGUCCGUGAUAUCACUUGUCGCCAAUGCAAGGAGACUGUUGGCUGGAAGUAUGACAAAGCCUUCGAAAACAACGAAAAGUACAAGGAAGGGAAAUUCAUACUCGAGUUCGAGCUACUUUGCGUUGUAUCGUAAUGCAAAACAACAACGUUGAUUUCAGUAUCACACUAUGGCAUAUAUAGCUGGUUAUCCGGAUGAAGUAGUCGACAGACUGACGACAUGUUGCUGUAACCUGCCCCGCACUUGCGUAUCGUGUUGGUUGAUAACGUCGAAGGCAGAACCCCUCUCUGAGUAGAGAGACUAUCAUGCUGCUCCUCGUCCC